CCAAGUUUCCUCAGUUCUCUGCUAAAGCUGCCCAAACCACGCCCUCAAUCCCCUGAGUAGGCCAGCAGCAUCAUGGGGCGCCGCCAGCAGUCCAUCAGUAAAUCGAUUCUGAACGCGAUAUUCCGUGCCCCAGAGCAUCCAUCGAACAAACCCCCAACCCUCCUCGCAAGGAUCUUCGCCUUCUUCUCUCUCUUCCAGCUCGCGCUCGCUCGCUUCAAACCAGAGCUCUUCAAGAAGCUCCGAAACGAAGUCUGGGAAAUCGACGAAGAUGAAUACACCGAAUCCUUCCGCUCAGAGAAGAAGAGUGGAGGGCUAGUCUCCGUAGGAGAUCUGGGGUACAGCGGCUCCACCUUCUUCGCCACCGCCAACAGCAAAUACCUGCUGAAAUCCCUCCCGCGCGCCUUCGAGCAAACCUUCUUCCGCGACCGCCUGCUCGCCGCCUACGCGGCGCACAUGGCGACGCUGCCCUCCUCGCUCCUCGUGCGCAUCACCGACCUGCUGUACGCGCCCCUGCCCGCGCUCGGCAGCCUCCUCGGCGCCGUCCCCUCGCACCACAUCGUCAUGGAGAACAUCCUGUACGGCCAGUGCGCGUGCUCGGCGCAGCGCCAGCGCGACUGGGAGACGUACGACCUCAAGCCCGCCGACUACUUCUUCCCCGAGCGGGACGUCGCGGGCGGGCACCUCGCGCCGGAGCGCGUGAAGGAGCGGCUGAUUGACACGUUUCCGGAUAAGGUGCGGGUUGGGGUGGACGAGAAGGAGGCGCUGGUGUACGCGCUCACGCAGGACACGAAGGUCUUGCACGAGGCGAAUGCGGUGGAUUACAGUUUGUUUCUGGUGCGGUAUCCGUUUCUGCAGGGCGAGGAGGUGCCGCCUCCGCCGGGACGGGUGUCGGCGUGGCGUAAUGGGGUGGUGAGUCGGGAUGGGAAGUGGGUGUAUAGGGCUGUGUUGCUGGAUUUUUUCUGGUCGAAGGAUGCGCUGCAGCCGAUGGUCUUGACGGGGCUGAUGAAUAGCUGGAAUUUCUUUCAGCCGGGGAAGGGGGAUGGGCCGAUGAGUAUCACGACGAGUGCGGGCGAGUACCGGGAGAGGUUCCUGAGGAUGGUGGGGGAGAUUGUUGAGACAGGAGGCACAGGAGAGGUCUGAUUGACGGAAUUCGAUGUUCUUUAGCGAAGAUUAAUGAGUUCGAUACCCCCCUUAAAUAUAUCAUAUGCUUAAGAAG